AUGAAGAACAAGGGAGCCAAGCAGAAACUCAAGAGGAAGGGAGCCGCGAGCGCAUUUGGCUGUGACCUGACGGAGUAUCUGGAGAGCUCUGGGCAGGAUGUCCCCUACGUGCUGAAGAGCUGUGCAGAGUUCAUUGAGACUCAUGGCAUUGUGGAUGGGAUCUACCGCCUAUCAGGAGUGACAUCCAACAUACAAAAGCUGAGACAAGAGUUUGUUUCUGACCAAUGCCCGGAUCUGACAAGGGAAGUUUACCUCCAGGACAUCCACUGCGUGGGGUCGCUCUGCAAGCUGUACUUCAGGGAACUGCCCAACCCUCUCCUCACUUAUGAGCUCUACAAGAAAUUCACGGAAGCAGUAUCACGCUUCCCUGAGGACGAGCAGUUGGCACGAAUUCAAAAUGUCAUCCAGGAGCUCCCCCCAUCGCAUUACAGAACGCUGGAAUACCUGAUCAAGCACCUGACUCACCUGGCCUCCUUCAGCAACAUGACCAAUAUGCACACCAGAAACCUGGCCUUGGUGUGGGCUCCCAAUCUUCUCAGGUCAAAGGAGAUUGAGGCGGUUGGCUGCAAUGGGGAUGCAGCUUUCCUGGAGGUGCGAGUGCAGCAGCUGGUGAUUGAGUUCAUCCUGAAUCACGUGGAUCAGAUCUUCAGCAACAACAGAAAAGCCAGCUGUGCGGAGAACAUUGAGAGUGCAUCAGUUGUGAAAAGUCUGACCCUCCCCUCGGCCUCCCUGCCGAUGAAACUGGUGAGCCUGGAGGAAGCACAGGCACGGAGUCUGUCUGCCUCCCACCCUGCUCGGAAGGAGAGAAGAGAGAACAGCUUGCCUGAAAUUGUCCCUGUAACUGGGUCUCUCUUCCACACAGUUCUUGACCUCCCCGACAGCAAGCGAAAAUUAUCUACCAAGUCCAAGAAAUGGAAGUCAAUAUUUAACUUGGGCCGUUCUGGCUCAGAAUCGAAGUCUAAACUGAGUCGAAAUGGAAGCGUCUUCGUAAGGGCACAGAAGCUCUCUGAAAAAGCAACUAUUCGGCCUGCCAAGAGCAUGGACUCGCUGUGUUCCCUGCCAGUGGAAGGGGAGGAUGAAAAGAGCAGAUUCAAACGGACAGUGACUACUGGAGGGUUUUUUGUUCCGGUGAUGAAGAUACGGACAGGAGGCACAGGCAGCUCAUAUGACCUCAGCAAGGAGAACGAGUGGGAGCGGGAAGGAUCUGCUGUGGGGGCCAAAGGGUGCUCAGAGCUGAGUGGGGAGAAAGGUCCUCCCCGGACACCACAGGCAAAGUCACCCCCUGAGCAGCUGAAGGUCUUCCGAGCAGCAGAGAAUGCUGAAAACGAGCAGACUUCCCCCAAAGGUGGCCGCAUGUUCUACACCUCUGAAACAGCUGCCAAGUCAGGCUUCCCAAGCAGCCUCUUCCCCUUGGAGGCCUCCCCUCGUCACCAGAGGAAAGCCCUGAACAUCUCAGAGCCCUUUGCUGUCUCUGUCCCCCUCCGGGUGUCCGCAGUCAUCAGCACCAACAGCACCCCCUGCCGCGUGCCGGCCAAGGAGAAGCUUUCCCUCUCCAGCCUAGAGGAGCUGUCUUCCCUGGUGGCCGAGAGCACGAGCACCUCUGCCCUGGAAGUGGGGACACACACAAGGACAGAGCAGGUGCCGGAGGGGAAGGAGAAACAGCCGGGACCCACCCUGCCAGCAGAAGCAUCCAGAGGCUCUCACCCUGAGGAGCUGGUGGCCACCAGGAAACCCGAGUCCUUAGAAACUCCACAGCCAGCAGCAGAAAAUCAGGAGACAUUAUGUGGGCAAAGCAGCUGCACAAGCACCACCAGCAGCACCUGCCAGUCCUCAGAGCAGAGUCCCACCGUGGAACAAUCACCAGCCUCAGAGGUUCAUAUGGGGCCACUCCCUGCAGACAAGGCAGAGCAAGGACAGCUCAAGAUGAAGGAUGUCUGCUCAGAAGGCAGCUAUGGCCAACAGGAGAUCGAGAUGGCUAAGACAGAAGAAGGGUCGCACUCAAGAGAUGUG